AUGGGUAAUAACGGACAACGGAUAAAAUAUGGUAAACAAUUAACUGAUGCUAAUGUUGCUGAAUUAUCAGGUCUAUCCGGUUUUACACCAGAUCAAGUACGCGAUUGGCAUGCGGGUUUUUUGAAAGAUUGUCCAACUGGAAAAUUAAAUAAAAAAAAAUUCGUCGACGUUUAUAAACAAUUUUAUCCGUCAGGAAAAGCUGAAAAAUUUUGUGAAUAUGUUUUUCGUACAUUUGAUAAUGAUAGUUCAGGCAAUAUUGAUUUUGGUGAAUUUUUAAUUGCAAUUUCAAUAACUGCUCAACAAGAACCAAAGAAAAAAUUAGAAUGGGCAUUUUCAAUGUAUGAUAUUGAUCGUAAUGGUUAUGUUGACAAGAAAGAAAUGAAGAAAAUUAUGGAAGCUAUUUUUGAUCUUCUUGGUGAGGAAAGAAAAGGUAACAAUUCGCCAGAAGUAAAAGUCGAUCAAAUAUUUCAAAAAAUGGAUGCAAAUGGUGAUGGAAAAUUAUCAAAAGAAGAAUUUGUUAAUGGUUGUUUAGGAGAUGAUUAUUUAAGAAGAUUACUUGCACCAUCAGCUUCUUAA